AUGAUGAUGGAUGACAGAAGGCUCCGAAAAGUUGCACUGUAUUCUGGAGUUGUAGCUGGCAUUGCAUACUUAAGUUAUUCAGUUUUAAAAACAGCCUUUUGCGGACGAGGUUGGUGGUCAGAGCGAAAUAAAAUUCCAUCUCAUCAAUCUAACUUGAAAAGUACAAGUUGUCAGACAGACAUUACUUCUUUAUCAACAACACGACCAUGUAUGCUGCCAGGAACUACGGUACAAGAGGGGAUCCGAGAGUUGAACCUCAAGGCUCAAGAAUAUAGAGAAUUAGGGUUAAAUUUUUCCCAAAGAGACAAAACAAAGAGUCUACAGAAUUCUCCAUGGAGCUCUCCUUGGAGCUUGAGCCCUGCAGAUGAAAAACGGAUCAUGAGUCGUUCUGUAGACAAUCUCACCCUGUGUGUAAGAACCAACUCUCCUCUGCACCGUCGAAAGAGCAUGCCGAAAGAAAGAGUCUCUCUGGAUGGUGAGGAAACUUUGUUGAUAAAACAGACUGACUGCCAUCUUCCAACAUUGAAAGAGUCUGAACAAGUACUUUAUAAGCAAUUGGACAGUCUCAGUGUGAAAGCCAGAAUUAUGACAUGUUAUGAAGCAAAAUGUUUAGUUACUUUAUUGCAUUCAAAGGAUGAGGAGACACAGGUGAAGAUGUUGACAACUAUGUCCAAUUGUGCAGCUUUUACAGUAAAUCAGAAUCGACUUGCAGAUGCUGGUUGUCUGGUGGUGUUGAGAAACUUAAUCAAGUCUCCCUCCCCUGUGGUUCAGGUUACAGCUGUACAAGCAGUGGCCAAUUUAGCUGUAAAUUCAAGAAAUCAGGCUCCCUUUCAGGUGUGUGUCCCAGUUUUGAUGAACUACGCCGUAGAUCCAGAGACAGGUGCUUAUUUACGAAGUCUAAGUUUAAUGGCACUUGCUAACUUGGCCCUCGAAGAAGUGCCUGUUACUCUCUACAGAAGUAACCUUCACUCUCUAUUUCAGUUUUUAGAAGGAAGCACUGUUAAAAUUCAAGUUCUUAAACUCCUAAAUAAUUUAUCUUGUUGUUCUUCUAUAGCACCUUAUAUAUUAACUACCAAGUGCCCAUCAGUCUGUAAGAUGCUGAACAAUGAAAACAGAGAUGUUAUUUUGAGACUCCUAACGUUUUUGGGAAAUAUGUCAAUGGCAGCUGGUCAGCAGAAAUUGUUGAAUAAGGAGUUGUCGGCUGACGAUGAGAAAACAUCUGAGAUGCUUGAAUCUACAGUAUUUAGCCAGUUACUGAGUGAAUCUUUCUACAGGAAAAUUUUUUCAUUAUCAUCGAGUAGUGAUGAAGAGGUCUGUGCUAAUGCCAGAAAAGUCUAUAGCAUUUUGAGUCAGCUUCAUCAAUACAACAUUUGAAACAUUUUAGAAUUAACAAUAGUAGUGUAUCUUGCUAAUGAUUAAUGAUGAAAAGCUUAAGCUGCUGUACUCAUCUUAGGUGAGGUGAACUUAAUGAUUGCACUGAUAAUUGCUCUUUCCUUUGUAGAAAAGCUUUAGCUCAUGUGUAUAGUGGUAUUUGUCAGUUUAUUUAUUAUAAUGGUUGUAUUCAUAGUACAUCCUUUCAUGUAUAGGAAAGCUUUAGCUUAUUGUACGUAUAGAGUUAAAUUUGUAAAUUAUUAUAGUAAUGGUGUUCAUAGAAUUUUCUUAUAUAGACAAACUUUAAAUUAUUGCACUAACAAGAUUUUUAUGUAUAGAGAAACUAAAUCAUUGCACUGAUAUUUUCAUGUGUACAGAUUAAAUCAUGACUGAUGUUUCCAUGUAUAGAGACCAAGUCACUGCACUCCUAAGAUUUUCAUGCAUAAAGACUAAAAUCAUUACACUCCUAAGAUUUUCAUGCAUAGAGAUAUUAACUCACUGCACUAAGAUUGUCAUGUAUAGAGACUAAAAUUGCAUUGAUAAGAUUUUCAUGCAUAGAGAUAUUAACUCAUUGCACUAAGAUUGUCAUGUAUAGAGACUAAAAUUGCAUUGAUAAGAUUUUUAUGUACAGCAAAAAUAAAAUCAUAGCUUUGAUAAGAUUUUCAUGUAUAGAGAGAUUAAAAUCAUUGCACCAAUAAGAUUUUCAUGUAUAGAGACUAAAAUUGCAUUGAUAAGAUUUUUAUGUACAGCAAAAAUAAAAUCAUAGCAUUGAUAAGAUUUUCAUGUAUAGAGAGAUUAAAAUCAUUGCACCAAUAAGAUUUUCAUGUAUAGACUAAAAUUGCAUUGAUAAGAUUUUUAUGUACAGCAAAAAUAAAAUCAUAGCAUUGAUAAGAUUUUCAUGUAUAGAGAGAUUAAAAUCAUUGCACCAAUAAGAUUUUCAUGUAUAGAGAGACUAAAUCAUUGCACUAAUAAGGUUUCCAUGUAUAAAAAAGAUGUAAAUCAUUGUACAUAAAAUGCAUCAUCAUAAUUACAGUGACUGUAAUAGCAAAUCUUUUAUAUACAGAAAUGAGAUGAUUUGUGUUUUCUUAGAUUAUUACAUUAGCUGUACUGGUAGUUUUCUCAUCUCUUUGUAAAGGGGUUGUACAACAUAUUGCAUAUAACUAUAAUCUUUAAAAACAUAUUCAAUUUGUUAAUAUGAAAAGUCAUUUUGGCAAGUGUAAAUAUGUAUAUUCAAGUAUGGUGCUUUGUAAACCCUUGUAUGUAGGAAUAAAUAUCAACACAUUACUAGGUCCUUUCUGUUGUGUGAUGAGUUUAGACAUUUAAUUUAUUGACUGGUCCUAAAUAGUGAUAUUUUGCAAUAUUUGAGUAACAGUCACCAUAAUGUAAGGACACAAGAUGAAUAAAAAAAUUGGAAAUUUAAAAACCUGCAUAUAGAGAUUGUAAAAAA